UCAUGUAUGAUCUCAGUCCUCAGGGAACGAAAAACAUUUGAAACAGAUUUACUUUUUGGUGAACGAAGGUUACUCACACAACUACUCCCUCUCCCUCAAAGUGAUUGGAUGUAUUUAGAUAUUGAAUACGUCACAACUGAGAUCCUUCAGCAAAAUCAAUCUUUUCCUUAACAUCUUCGCAUGAAUUUAUUGGAAGUGGAGCAAGUUAGCAUCAGCCUUGCAACAACUCCAAUCCACAUACUAAAAUGGUAGUAUCAGCAAUAUCAAAGAUAUAUCUAACCCACUACUAUUUUUUUAGUUUUCUUUGUUCUCCUAUGUAACACAGCAUUCUACCCAGGCUUUCCAUAUCAAAUCUUCCAUUUUUCUUUCAAGAAAUAUCUUCUCAUUAAUCUUAUUCCUUAUCCUCUACCAACAUAUCAGUAAUGGAGACAGACAGGAGUGGGGAGACAGCAAUCAACAUACCUGAGACAAAGGCCAAUGCUAAAGGAAAAGCCCCUCUGGCAGUCUCUUCAAAAGCUAUGGUCGAACAACCAAAACGAGGAUUGAAAAAAGGCAUUGCCAUUUGUGACUUCCUUUUAAGGCUCUGUGCCCUUGGGGCAGCCAUAGGUGCCACUGCUACCAUGGGGACUACUAAUGAGACCCUCCCUUUUUUCACACAGUUCUUCCAGUUCCAAGCUCAAUACAAUGAUAUUCCAGCUUUCGAGUUUUUCGUGAUAGCAAAUGCAAUAGUUGCCGGUUAUCUUCUCCUCUCCUUGCCAUUCUCCAUUAUCUGCAUCAUUCGUCCUUAUGCAACAGCACCAAGGCUCCUCCUUGUCAUCUUUGAUACAGUGAUGAUGGGUCUAACUAUAGCUUCGGCUUCAGCUUCUGCUUCCAUUGUGUAUUUGGCUCAUAACGGGAAUCCAAACACGAAUUGGCUUGCUAUUUGUCAGCAGUUUGGAGACUUUUGCCAGAAAGUAAGUGGAGCUGUGGUGGGUUCCUUCAUAGCUGGAUCCAUCCUCAUGUUUAUAAUUCUGCUCUCUGCUUUUGCUCUCAAAAGAAGCUGAGAAAUCACAAAAGGAAAU